GGCCUCGGCAUUAGAAGGAAACGUUAGUGCAGCUUUGUGGGUCUUAAAUAUUGCUGCUUUAGGAGGGAGCCGUGUUCUUUACCGACUGCUCAAAGACCAUAAAAACCGGGAGGCCACUAUUGACUCAAAAGGCGCUUUUCCCACGAAAAAUGCUAUUAUUUUUGGAACAACAGACGAGGCAGAACUUUUUAUUCGCCAAACCCAACGCCAAUCUCGUUCAGAAUAUAAAAUUAUCGGUGUAUUAGAUGAAAAACCUUCUCGAAAAGGACUGUUUAUACAUGGAGUAGAAGUCUUAGGCACCUUACAAGACCUAGAGUAUAUUCUAGACAUGCAAGACCAUAUCGAUGCUUUAAUUCUAGCACGCCCUUACAUAAGUCCUAGUAGAAUAAAAAAGUUUUUAGAAAUUGGUAAUGAAAACAAUAUUGUAAUUAAAAGACUUCCUGCUGCCACUGAAAUGGCCAGUACAUUGAAUACAGCUGUUCAAGCACGUCCUAUUUCUAUUGAAGAUCUUCUCUCUCGCCCUAAAAAAAAUCUUAAUCGCCCUGCAAUGGCAGCCUUAAUUAAAGGGCAACAUGUUUUAGUCACUGGUGCGGGAGGAAGCAUUGGAAGCGAACUUGUGAGGCAAAUCUCCUGCUUUAACCCCUCACACAUAUGCCUCGUAGAUCAUGCUGAAUUCCUUCUUUAUACGAUUGAUAGAGAGCUACAUGAAAAGCACCCAGAUUUGUCUCGUUCCAUCGCUCUUUGUGAUGUUGGUGAUGCAAAGCGUGUUCUACAUAUUAUGAAACAAGAAAAGCCAACUCUUGUCUUCCAUGCUGCAGCGAUAAAACAUGUUCCUAUAGCAGAGGAAAACCCUUGUGAAACUAUUUUAACAAAUGCUAUUGGAACACGUAAUGUUGCAAACUCCUGCGAACGCUUAGGAGUCAAAACAAUGGUUCUUGUUUCAACUGACAAAGCCAUUAACCCUCCCAACAUCAUGGGAGCCACAAAAAGACUUGCUGAAUCCUACUGCCAAGCUCUGAAUUUGGAAACAACGAGUCUCAAAGAAGAAAGCUCAACACGUUUCAUUACUGUAAGAUUUGGAAAUGUUUUAGGGUCUAGUGGUUCAGUUGUUCCACUGUUCAAAAAACAAAUCGCCCAGGGAGGGCCUGUAACAAUUACCCACCCAGAUGUUACACGUUAUUUUAUGACAAUUAGUGAAGCCUUAGAGUUAAUCUUACAAGCAGCAGCCUUAGGAACACAAAGUCUUUCCUUGAAGGGGCAAAUUUUUGUUCUAGACAUGGGAGAUCCUGUCAAAAUUAUAGACCUUGCCCGUCAAAUGAUUCAGCUCUCUGGGUACCAACCAGACACAGAUAUUGCUAUUAAUAUUACAGGACUGCGCCCUGGAGAAAAGCUUUAUGAAGAACUCCUUGCUUCGAAUUUCAAAAUUAUUGAGUGGUCCGAGACAUGGUUUGACAAAAUUGAAUUAUUAAAAAGCGUCUCAGUUUUUGUGAAAGAAAAUAUUUGUUGA